GUUAAAUGCACAAACAUGCACACGCAUUGUUUGGACCUGACGCUGCUCUCUGACAGGCGCUCAAGUCCCAGUUCUAUUGGGUCCAGCACUGAUGGGUGGACUGAAUAAAUAGCGAGUGAGCUGCGGCUGGGGAUGAGAUGAGUGGAGGAGCGGCAGACGAAGAGGGAAGCACAAAUCAUAGUGUCUGUGCGUCACUCGUGGCAACCGUGCGUUGUAGUGGUAACAGAGCUCUGAGACGCAGCUUCUGAACUCUUUUCAGCCAUAGGUUGUGGCCCCGCUUGUCCCUUUUUUGCCACUUUUGUUGAUGAUCAUUGUUAGCGUUCCCUGACUGCGCUGUGAGCCACGUUUAUCGGUGUAGUUGUGCCCCUCUGCUGCAAAGGGGUCGCAUUCCUCCGUGUCUGCCGCUGCUACUCGAAUUUACUGAAAGAUCGAUCAAAAUGAUAAUAAUUAUUGCAGAGUUUUUCGUGGUCAUUUUGAAGGUGCUCUGGGCUUUUGUAAGUGCCGGGGCUAAAUGGAUCGUGCGCCCCAAGGAGAAGAGCGUGGCCGGACAGGUGUGCGUGAUCACCGGGGCUGGAAGCGGCCUCGGACGUCUCUUCGCUAAAGAGUUCGCCCGGAGACGAGCGAUACUGGUUUUAUGGGACAUAAACUGCCAAAGCAACGAGGAAACGGCGGAGAUGGUGCGGCAGAUAUACCGUGAACUUGACCCUCCCGUUACCAAAGACGGACCUGUUGGAGGAGUAGAGGAGGUCCCUCCUUUCCAGCCACAGGUCUACACUUAUGUGUGUGAUGUUGGAAAGCGGGAGUGUGUGUAUUCCACAGCUGAGAAGGUCCGGCGAGAGGUUGGAGAGGUGGACAUACUUAUCAACAAUGCCGGUGUGGUUUCUGGCCAUCACCUUCUAGAGUGCCCUGAUGAGCUGAUCGAACGCACCAUGGUGGUCAACUGCCAUGCACACUUCUGGACCACCAAGGCGUUUCUCCCCAAGAUGCUGGAGCUGAAUCAUGGCCACAUUGUGACAGUUGCCAGCUCCCUGGGUUUAUUCAGCACAGCUGGAGUGGAGGAUUACUGCGCCAGUAAGUUUGGUGCCAUCGGGUUCCACGAGUCACUGAGCCAUGAGCUAAAGGCCUUAGAGAAGGACGGCAUCAACAUGACUCUGGUGUGCCCUUACUUUGUUGACACGGGAAUGUUCAAAGGCUGCAGGAUAAGGAAGGAGAUUGAGCCUUUCCUGCCUCCCUUAAAGCCAGAGUUCUGUGUGAAACAGGCCAUGAGAGCCAUCCUCACUGACCAGCCCAUGAUCUGUACGCCUCGCAUUGUUUAUAUGGUCAGCUUAAUGAAAAGCAUCCUCCCCUUCGAGGCCAUUGUGUGCAUGUACCGGUUCCUAGGUGCCGAUAAGUGCAUGUACCCCUUCCUAGCUCAAAGAAAGGAGGCCAUGAACAACAAUGAGGCAAAAAAUGGGAUCUAGGGGGCACUGUUUGCAACACAAUCGGGCAUAUAUAAACCUGCAAGCAUGAGGAAACAACCACUGAAGAUGAGAAUGGAGAAAAGACUGAAUCUAGGCCAGUGCACUUGCAUUGAGCAAAUGCAAAGGUUUACCAUAUUGUUCCUCUGGAACAAAGAAAGCUGUGUACUACAGAAAGGAUUUAUUUGACUUUGUUUUGUCUUUUUUUUUUAAGUUUGUUUAAAAAAAAUCUAUAUACUGUCACUAGUUUUAAAAUCAUACAGAAAAGGUAUCCAGUAAUUAACUAUUUACAUAAUGUAGUCACCAGCCUUAUCUAGUGUCAAUGUGCAACUAUACAGUAUGUUACUGUACAAACAGUACAACCGUUUUUUCACUUUUAUUUCUUGUAGACAUGCACUGUAAUUUCUGAUUUCUCUACAAUGCCAGCAUUCUCUGUGUAGGAAGGUUCAACACAACGUUUUCACGAUGGCCAACAUCUCCCCACACAGAGGCUCAUCUUCAGUCAGGAAAUUGGUUUUCAGCCCAAUACAGCUCUGAUUUUACUGUACCUUGUGCCAUUUUAUAAUAAAGUAAGAAAAAUAUUUCACAUUAAUUAAACUUUACCAUAUCCUAUAUUUGUUAAAUACUUAAGUUACAGACAUGUAGCGUAUAUGUUAAUAAUGAAGUCUACGCAUUCCAGGUGGGAUAUUUAAUGGCCUGAUUGUGGCCGACUUAACUUUCCAGUUUUCAGUUUUUAAUGGGAUUCCACGCUGUCGCUUGUGGAGAGGUGCUGUCAAAGCCUCCUGUGACCCAG